GAAUGAUUCUUUGUUGCUACAGGAAUCUAUCUCUUGGGUUUCUGAUUUGAUUCAUCUCCGGUGAAAAUGGCUUGUUCUACAGUUAAAGUUGGCUCGAUUGUUUGGGUGCAAGAUCCGGAGGAGGCAUGGAUAGAUGGUGAAGUUGUUGAGGUUAAUGGAGAAGAUAUUAAGGUCCAAUGUACCUCAGGGAAGACGGUUGUUGUCAAAGGUUCAAACACAUAUCCAAAAGAUAUGGAAGCUCCACCUUCUGGAGUGGACGAUAUGACAACGCUAGCGUAUUUACAUGAACCAGGAGUCCUAGAAAAUUUGAAAUCAAGAUAUUAUAUAGACGAAAUUUAUACUUACACAGGAAAUAUAUUGAUUGCGGUAAACCCUUUUAAACAACUACCGGAUCUUUACAAUGACCAUAUGAUGGCACAAUAUAAAGGAGCCGCGUUGGGAGAAUUGAGUCCCCAUCCGUUUGCAGUUGCAGAUGCAGCUUACAGACAAAUGAUUAAUGAGGGAAUUAGUCAAUCAAUCUUGGUAAGUGGUGAAAGUGGAGCAGGGAAGACUGAGACUGCUAAAAUGCUUAUGAAAUAUCUGGCGAAAAUGGGAGGUCGAGCUGUUUCUGACAGAAGGACUGUCGAAGAUCAAGUUUUGGAGUCCAAUCCUGUAUUAGAAGCAUUUGGAAAUGCAAAAACCGUCAAGAACAACAAUUCAAGUCGAUUUGGUAAAUUCGUUGAGAUUCAGUUCGAUCAAAGGGGAAAGAUAUCAGGAGCUGCUAUCAGAACGUAUUUGCUAGAGAGAUCACGGGUUUGUCAAGUGUCAGAUCCCGAGAGAAACUAUCACUGUUUUUACAUGCUUUGUGCUGCACCGCCAGAGGACAAAAGAAAACUAAAGUUGAACGAUCCAACAGAAUUCCGUUAUCUGAAUCAAUCUCAUUGUAUUAAGUUAGAGGGGGUGGAUGAUUCGAAGGAGUAUACUAAAACCCGAGAAGCAAUGGGCAUUGUUGGGAUAAGUUUAGAGGAGCAGGAAGCUAUAUUUCAAGUUGUGGCAGCUAUUCUUCAUCUAGGUAACAUAGAAUUUGCAAUAGGAGAAGAACCAGACUCCUCAGUUCCAACUGAUGAGUCUAAGAAACACCUGAAGAUUGCGGCUGAGCUUUUCAUGUGUGAUGAGCAGGCACUGGAAGAUUCUCUUUGUAAACGUGUAAUGGUGACACCUGAAGAAACAAUUUCCAGAUGUCUGGAUCCAAAUUCUGCGGCACUCAGCAGAGAUGCCUUGGCAAAAUUUGUCUACUCAAGAUUGUUUGAUUGGAUCGUAAACAAGAUCAAUAAUUCAAUUGGGCAAGAUCCUGAAUCAAAACACAUGAUCGGAGUGCUGGAUAUAUAUGGGUUUGAGAGUUUUAAGACAAACAGUUUCGAGCAAUUUUGCAUCAAUUUGACAAACGAGAAACUUCAGCAACAUUUUACUAAGCACGUCUUGAAAAUGGAACAAGACGAGUACAAGAAAGAAGAAAUUGAGUGGAGCCACAUUAAUUUCCCAGAUAAUCGAGAUGUUUUGGAACUUAUUGAGAAGAAACGUGGUGGUAUUAUCGCUCUUCUGGACGAGGCUUGCAUGUUCCCAAGAUCAACACAUAAAACAUUUUCUCAGAAGCUGUACGAAACAUUGAAAGAUAACGAGUACUUUAGCAAGCCAAAAUUAUCUCGAACUGACUUCACAAUUUGCCACUAUGCUGGUGAUGUCACUUAUCAGACCGAGCAGUUUCUGGAAAAGAACAAAGAUUAUGUUGUUGCUGAGCAUCAGGCUCUGCUAGGUGCUUCUAGGUGCACUGUUAUUGCAGGUCUAUUUCCUCCUCUAAUGGAAGAUGCUAACAAACAGUCAAAGUUCUCUUCUAUAGCUUCACAAUUUAAGCAACAAUUGGCAUCAUUGAUUGAAGGUCUUAGUACUACUGAGCCUCACUAUAUUCGUUGCGUGAAGCCCAAUAAUCUCCUGAAGCCUUCCAUCUUUGAGAACCAAAAUAGUCUGCAACAGCUACGUUGUGGGGGUGUGAUGGAGACAAUCAGGGUUUGCCGUGCUGGAUACCCUACACGAAAACAUUUUGAUGAAUUCCUGGACAGAUUUGGUAUCCUAGCUUCUGCUACUUUGGAUAAGAGUUCUGAUGAGAAAGCAGCGUGCAAGAAACUUCUGGAGACAGUUGGACUCCAAGAAUACCAGAUUGGAAAGACGAAGGUUUUCCUCAAGGCUGGGCAGAUGGCUGUGUUAGAUGAUCGGAGGACUGAGGUAUUAGGAAGAGCAGCCUGCAUUAUCCAGUGGAAAUUCCGCUCCUACCUGACCCGCCAAAGCUUUAUUAUGCUCCGCAACGCUGCAAUAAAUAUACAGGCUGUAUACAGAGGACAAGUUGCUCGAUAUAGAUUUGAGAACUUGCGCAGAGAAGCUGCUGCUUUGAAGAUCCAGAGAGCUUUGCGGAUUCACCUUGAUAGGAAGAGGUCUUACAUUGAAGCUGUUGUUACAGUUCAGUCAGGUUUGCGCGGCAUGGCUGCUCGUGUCGUACUACGAAGGAAGACCAAGGCCACAACUGUCAUUCAGAGCCAUUGCCGUAGACUCCAGGCCGAGUUGCACUACAAGAAGCUGAAAAAAGCAGCAAUUACUACACAAAGUGCAUGGAGAGCAAGGCUAGCUCGUAUAGAACUGCGAAAGCUUAAGACGGCUGCAAGGGAUACUGUAGUCCUUCAGGCUGCCAAGAGUAAGCUUCAGGAGCAAGUGGAAGAACUCACAUGGAGACUGGACCUAGAGAAACGAAUGAGGGUGGACGUUGAAGAAAGUAAAACUCAAGAAAACGCAAAACUGCAGUUAGCAUUGGAAGAAAUACAACUCCAGUUCGAGGAAACCAAAGUGUCGCUCUUAAAGGAAGUGGAAGCUGCGAAAAAGACUGCAAAAAUUGUUCCUGUAGUAAAGGAGGUUCCUGUUGUUGACACCGAGCUAAUGGAGAAACUCACAAGUGAAAACGAAACACUCAAGUCGCUGGUAAGUUCUCUGGAGCAGAAGAUUGAUGAAACAGAGAAAAAAUUUGAGGAGACAAAGAAAAUUAGUGAGGAGAGGCUGAAGAAGGCUUUAGACGCUGAAAACAAAAUUGAUAAUUUGAAGACCGCCAUGCACAAUCUCGAAGAGAAAUUAAAGGAGGUGAAAUUUGAAAAUAACUUUUUGAAGGAAUCUGUCUUAACCACUCCUGUUAAGACAGCAUCAGGACGAUUCCUUUCUACUCCAUUAAAGGGAGCGGAGUUUACAACACCGCCAAGGAUACAAGAAUCAGGAUCUGACACUAAGUCAAGGGGAUCCCAUAAUGAUCCUCAACAUGAGGAUGUCGAUGCCCUUAUCAACUCUGUCACAAAGAAUGUUGGAUUCAGCCACGGGAAGCCUGUAGCGGCAUUUACCAUCUACAAAUGUCUUCUUCAUUGGAAAUCCUUUGAAGCAGAAAGAACCAAUGUCUUUGAUCGUCUCGUUCAAAUGAUUGGUUCUGCUAUAAAGGAUGAAGAUAACGACGCAAAUUUGGCAUAUUGGUUAUCUAAUACGUCAACCUUAUUAUUCAUGCUCCAACAAAGUCUGAAAUCUGGUGGAACCGGGGCCACUCCACUUCGACAGUCACCUUCCUUAGUCCGAUGGAUGACCAAGGGUUUCCGUUCUCCAGCGGCUGAAGCUAUACGACCAGUUGAUGCCAAGGAUCCAGCUUUGCAUUUCAAGCAGCAACUUGAAGCAUAUGUUGAAAAGAUUUCUGGAAUCAUUUGGGAUAACCUGAAAAAGGAGUUGAACACUGUCCUUGCUCUCUGCAUCCAGGCACCAAAAACAUUUAAGGGGAAUGCGCUAAUAUCUAUAACCACUGCUAAAUACUGGCAAGACAUUAUUGAAGGCCUCGAUGCACUGCUAAGCACACUAAAAGAGAGCUUUGUUCCUCCAGUUCUUAUACAAAAGAUAUUCUCUCAGGCUUUCUCACUCAUCAAUGUCCAACUAUGUAACAGCCUUGUCACGCGUCCAGAUAACUGUUCAUUUAUCAAUGGAGAAUAUCUAAAAUCUGGUUUAGAAAAGUUAGAGAAAUGGUGCUCCGAAACAAAAGAAGAGUAUGCUGGCUCAUCCUGGGACGAACUCAAGCAUACCAGACAAGCUGUUGGAUUCUUGCUCAUCCAUAAGAAAUACAACAUCUCAUACGAUGAGAUUGCAAAUGAUCUGUGUCCAAACCUUCAAAUACAGCAGCAUUUUAAACUGUGUACUCUGUACAAGGAUGAAAUCUACAACACAAAGAGUGUUUCCCAAGAUGUAAUUGCAAGCAUGACAGGAGUUAUGACAGACAGCAGCGACUUCUUGUUAAAAGAGGAUUCUAGCAACAUCAUUUCCUUCUCGAUCGAUGACUUAUGUAGUUCAAUGCAAGAUAAGGACUUUGCCCAAGUGAAACCUGCUGAAGAACUUCUGGAAAAUCCAUCUUUCAUGCCUCCAAAGCAACAACCAAAGGCUGAUUUGGCGAAGAAGCAGAAACAAGUGGAAGACAAAACUUUCGGAUUGAAAAACAAGAACAAGAGCAAAAAUGUUCAGAAGUAUGUUCAGAGUCUCAAGCAAUCUGUGCAGCCUAAACCUGAUGCAACUAAAGCUGCAGCUAAGAAAAAGAAAGAGGAAGAGAAAGCGAGAGAACAGGAAUUGAAUGAGUUGUUCAAGGUAGCUAUUAGUCAGCCGAAAGUUCCUGUAGGUGUGGAUCCAAAGUCUAUACUGUGUGAGUUUUUCAAGGCAGGGCAGUGUCAAAAGGGUUUCAAGUGCAAGUUCUCUCACGAUUUGAACAUUCAAAGGAAGGGUGAGAAGAUUGAUAUUUACAGCGAUACGCGUGAUGAAGAUGGAGAUAUGGAUGAGUGGGAUCAAGAGACCCUUGAAAAGGUUGUGGAAUCAAAGAAAAAUGAAUAUAAUCAGAAUAAGCCAACAGAUAUCGUUUGCAAGUAUUUUCUGGAUGCUGUGGAAAAGAAACAGUAUGGGUGGUUCUGGUCAUGCCCCAAUGGUGGCAAAGAGUGUCAUUACAGACACGCGCUUCCUCCUGGAUAUGUCCUUAAAUCUCAAAUGAAAGCCCUCUUGGAAGAGGAGUCAUCGAAGAAGCUGGCAGUUGAGGACGAAAUCGAAAACGAGCGUGCAAAACUGCAAACUGCAACACAAAUGACUCCUGCACUAUUUAUGGAAUGGAAGAGGAAGAAAAUAGCUGAGAGAGAUGCCGGUUUGGCUGCUUCUCAAGCGGAGAGAGCUAAGAACGACCGUAUGAGUGGUCGGGAGCUGUUUCUGUCCAAUGCAAGCUUGUUUGUGGAUGAUGCUGAAGCUUGUGAAGAAUACGAGAGGGAAAGAGAACAGGAAGAGACUGAACAGAAGGCAAAGAACAAAGAAACAGAGGCAGGGACAAGCAAGAGUAGUGGUGAUGCUGAACAGAGUUCAAAAGAAGUCGAAGAAGAUGAUGAAGACGAUGAUGAUGAUGAUGACUUAGACAUGGAUGAGCUUGAUGAAUUGGAAGCAAGCUUGUCGAAAACAUCGAUCCAGAUUUGUGAGCCAAACAAUGAAGGGUCAUCUUGAGAUGAAAAAUGAUCUAAGAGAAAGGAGGUGGAGGAGGAGAGAAAGCACAUGUUUUGUUUUGUGUACUUUCAAUAGAUUGGAUUUUGCAGACACAAAUCCCAUUUUGGGAUGUUGAAUAAUCUCUGUUACUGUUU